UGUUCAUUGACGAGUUGAGACACAUUGGCUACACACAAAAGGCAACAAUGCCUAUGAUUCACCACAGAAUCUGAUUUUUUUUUUCUGAAGACUAUAUCAAUAUUAUUUUGUUCCUCGUUUCAGAUUCUGCCACAAUUACUUGUGAAAUAAAACCACACGCAAAGAGAGAAAAGAGAAAGAAAGAGAGACAGAGAGAUUCAUAUAAUGAAUGGGAAUGGCAACAUAACAAGAAGCUAACCGUUGUGGCGCUUGGGGUAGCUAUUGACGGCGACUGGUUUCAUCAAUCAACAUUGGGAAUCUGAGACCCAAUUUCAAAUUCAAACCAAUCUCUCAAUUAAACUCCACCCAUUCAAUCCCUGCAACUCCUGCACUGUCACCAUGUUCACACCCUUUCAGGGCCUUACAAAGUUCUGAUCUUUCACUAUAUUCCUCUUCCUUCACAGUUUCAGGAUUUAACAUAUCAAUAUGCGGGACAGUGUGAAGAAGUCAAACGACAAAGGAUCUAAAAAAUCUGGUCAUUUGAAGGCACGUACAAAAGGGAAGAAGGAUAAAGUGAAAGUGGAAUCAAAAUCUCACACAAAAAAUGUUGGCACUGACGUAUCAAAGAAGAGAGUUAUCUCUUCCCUCAAGAUCAAAGGACCUCGUAAGGAUUCUUCAGAUAAGAAAUUGACUACUGGACAGAAAUUGCCUUUGAAGAACAGAAAAUCUUCACAGAAGCCAUCCUCAAAGUUACCAGGCAAAAAAGCUUCUCUUAGCUCUAGAAAAGAGGGGAAAGAUGCUGAUGGGGAGGUAAAGCUUCAAAAAAUGAAGAGAAAGAGAACAAAGAAAAGACAAAGGAAUAACUUGGAUCUUGAUGAUCCUUCACGCCUGCAGAGGAGAGCACGGUAUCUUUUAAUCAAAAUGAAGCUAGAGCAGAACCUUAUCGAUGCUUACUCUGGAGAAGGUUGGAAAGGUCAGAGUCGAGAAAAGAUUAGGCCAGAAAAGGAGCUACAACGAGCAAGGAAGCAAAUUUUAAAAUGUAGACUUGGUAUUCGUGAUGCCAUUCGCCAAUUGGAUUCCCUUGGUUCAUUGAGUUGCAUUGAAGAUUCGGCAAUUGCUCCAGGUGGAUCUGGUUGUCAGGAACAUAUAUUCUGUGCUAAGUGCAAAAUGCGUGAAGAACCUCCACAUAAUGAUGUUAUACGAUGCUAUGGUACAUGCAAGCGUGCGUUUCACCAAAAAUGUGUGGACCCUUCUUUAGACACUGAAAAUGUUCCUCCUGGAGGGCAGGACUGGUUUUGUAAUUUUUGUGAAUGCAAGAUGGAAAUACUGGAAGCUAUGAAUGCUCAUCUUGGAACUCACUUCUCCUUGCACAGUGCUUGGCAGGAUGUAUUCAAAGAAGAGGCUGCUAUCCCUGAUGGUGAGACUACAUUACUGAAUCCUGUAGAAGAAUGGCCGUCAGAUGAUUCUGAAGAUGAUGAUUAUGACCCAGAGAGGAAAGAAGACAGCCACAAUAUCAACAUGGAAGGAACUAAUGAUAGUGCGUCUGAUGAUUUAAGCAGUUCUACCAGUCUGUGUUAUUCUGAUGAUGAACAUUCUCCAGUACAUGGUGUCAGUCAUGAAUAUCUUUUUGCCAAUACCAGCAUAGAUUCUGAUGAGUCUGAGGACAAAGCCUGUGGGCGUAGGCAGCGAAAAGCUGUUGACUACAAGAAGCUUUAUGAUGAAAUGUUUGGGAAGGAAGCUCCUGCAUAUGAACAAUUGAGUGAAGAUGAAGACUGGGGUCCUGGCAAAAGAAAGCGAAGAGAAAAGGAGUGUGAUGCUGUUGAUUCUCUUAUGACGUUGCAUGAAAGUGAGAAUAUGCACCCCAAUAAUGAGCACAACAACAUGACAAAAAUAAUUUCUUCAGGCACAAAUAUCAGAAGGCAUUGUUUUAGGAUUCCACGUGAUUCAGUUGAGAAGCUUCGCCAAGUUUUUGCUGUGAAUGAACUUCCUCCAAGAUCUAUUAGAGAGGAUCUUUCAAAAGAGCUAGGACUUGACACUGAGAAGGUCAGCAAAUGGUUCAAAAAUGCACGUUACUUGGCGCUUAAAAGUAGAAAGCAUCAAGCAGAAGGAGCAGCAAAUCAACAUAAGGGAAUCACUUCCACAAAGAACUCCAUAUUACAAAAUCAGGAGAAAACUGAUCUUUUGAAACCAAAGACCUUGAAAAUUACUACAAGUCAUUCCCAGAAGGAUGUUAAAAAUGUCAGUGGAAGAAAGAAAAUUAAGUUUUCUAGCAAGAAAAGACAACCAGAAAUUCCUCCACCUCCUGGAGAAAAUGGCAACAAGGACUCAAUGGAGAUGAGUGAUGAUGUGAGCUUGAAGAAACUAUUGAAGAAAAAAAAGAAGAGGUUGGUAAAUUUUACAUUUGCAGGAGAUUCUCAGACGGCAGAGUUGGAAUUCGAAAGAUUGUGCAAAUUGAAGCAAAAACUAAUUAGUAUGAAGCAAAAAUUAACAAGAAUUCAAAGGUUGGAUGCAAAGGGUUCAGAUGAAGCCCAUUGUAAUGAAGCAUCCAUUGUAUAUGUACCCACAGCUGUGUUAAGGGAAAAAACUGAAUGAUAACUUUUAUUGGAAAAUUUAUGAAAGCAGUUAAUUCCUUUCUCCUUGUAUUGCUUCCAAGUUAACCAUAUUAAUUAAUACCAGU